UGCUUCGAAAGCGAGACACCGCCAAGAUCAGAUUGUGAGACGCGCUGCUGGAGUGGGGCUAACGCAGAGUAGAUACAAGCGGCUAACAAACAAUUAGCUAGCUUGUGAAGUGUACCGUCUGAAGAGUGAGGAAGAGAAGAAUACUUUUUACCCUGAAACUCAACUCCACUGGUCCUUUGGGAUCAUGGCUAAAGAUGCCGGUCUGAUUGAAACAAAUGGAGAGCUUAAAGUUUUCAUCGAUCAGAAUCUGAGCCCUAGCAAAGGUGUCCUGUCGUUGGUUACUGUCCAGCCUACAGCUGCCCCUGUGGCUAAACAGCUACUGCCCAAAACCCUUGGUCCAUCCAAUGUGAAUGUUGCUGCACACAUGCAACAUUUGCCACACAUGGUGAUUGGAACACCCCAGAGGCCUACAGUAUCAAAUACCAUUUUGGUGAACAGUCCACAUACACCAAGUUCCCAGUUCCUCACUCAGAGUCAACCAUCUGAUGCCUCUCCUUGGUCAUCGGGAAAGCGUGGGAAGAAAGGGGAAAAGAAUGGGAAGGGCUUGAGACAUUUUUCCAUGAAAGUGUGUGAGAAGGUGCAGAAGAAAGGAGUAACCACAUACAAUGAAGUUGCAGAUGAACUGGUUGCAGAAUUCAGCUCUUCAGACAACCAUAUGUCACCCAAUGACUCGCAUGUGUAUGACCAGAAGAACAUUCGUCGGCGUGUGUACGAUGCACUUAAUGUGCUCAUGGCAAUGAACAUUAUCUCUAAAGAGAAAAAAGAAAUCAAGUGGAUUGGCUUGCCCACCAACUCGGCCCAGGAGUGUCAAAACCUAGAGGUGGAAAGACAAAAGCGACUGGAGAGGAUUAAGCAGAAACAGUCACAGCUUCAGGAGCUCAUACUGCAGCAAAUAGCUUUUAAAAACCUGGUUCAGCGGAACAGACAGACAGAGCAGCAGGCAAACAGACCUCCACCUCCCAACUCCAUCAUCCACCUUCCCUUUAUUAUUGUCAACACCAGCAAGAAAACUGUCAUUGACUGCAGCAUCUCUAAUGACAAGUUUGAGUAUUUGUUCAAUUUCGACAGCAUGUUUGAGAUCCACGAUGACAUUGAAGUGCUGAAACGUAUGGGUAUGGCCUGUGGUUUGGAGGUGGGGAAGUGUUCUCCAGAGGAUCUGAAGGUUGCACGGAGCCUGGUGCCCAAAGCACUGGAGCCCUAUGUUAUAGAGAUGGCAAAGGGUCCCAUCAGUAACGUCUACAUCACUGGAGGAUCCUCUGCUAAUGGAGCCCGUUACCCUGCAAGCAGUGAUGGGUGCACUGAUGGCACCAUGGCCUCCAGCUCGAAUGACUCUCACUACAGUGGGUCUCGUGUGGAGACUCCAGUGUCGUACAUGGGGGACGAUGACGAUGAAGAUGAGUACGAUGAGAAUGACGAUGAAGACUAAGCUGUCUACGCCUUGCAUCUCUAACAAGCACAGUUCUUCAUACCACCAAUGUGGGAAUUUAGUCUCCUUUUGUGUGUGUGUGGUCCCCCCCCACCUUUCCUCCAUUCCCCUUGCCUGUAUUUCUCUCUGGUCUACUCAGGGGUGUAGAUGAAUAUUGAAAGAAUAGCGAUGUAUAUGCGCCCAUCUUUCCCUGCUCCUGAAUCACAUGCACCUGAACCACAGCUCUAGGGUAGGUGUUACCCACUGGAACUGUGAUUUGUGGCCCAACCACACCGAAGUCUUUGUAUGUCUGUUCCACUUCUCAAUAAGCCAUCUGACUAAAAUACCCUCUGUAAAACCCACUGCUGUUGGAAUAUAAUGUGCUUGUUUGAAUAGUUAAUCCUGUUAUUUUGCAAAGACAUGCGGCAGACAUAAUGAUCAAAAGGUUCAAGAUGGCCGAAGUGUCUGUUUUAGUGCCACACCAUGGUUUUUGAAAGGCCUAAUUACAGUUGCUAUGGCUCUGUCGGAUGUGUUAAUUUUUGUGUUCUGGGCAAUAAUUUGAAAUAGUUUUUUAUUCAUAUUUUGUGUUGGGCUGGCUUCCUUCUGUUCUGUAGGCAGCUGCUUUUCUGAUC